CACACCUCAUUUUCGCUACACGUACGCACCCUACCUUCCAGGCUUCCACCGACUUCAUCUCAUCACCUUCCCAUCCGACCCGACCGGUCCCCCCCCCCACACCCCCGCGCAAUCCCUGCGCCACCGCCUCGCCGGCGAUGGAUUCGCCGCCGCCGGUGAACUGGGACGCGCUCGACGCUCUCGUCCUCGACUUCGCAAGAUCCGACCGCCUCGUCCUCCCUCCCCGCGCCUCCUCCCCGUCGCCACCCUCCUCCCCGUCCUCCUCCACUACCACCACCACCACCAUCACCACCGACACCUCCUCCUCCUCUUCGGCCCCCUCUUCGUCCUCGUCCUCAUCCUACCGCUUGCGCCUCCUCAUCCGCCGCGCCCGCAGCGCGCUCGAGGUGGGCGACGUCGACACCGUGCUCGCGCUCCUCCGCGCCCACGCACCCGUGGCGCUCGGAGACCACCGCCUCCUCUUCCACCUCCACAAGCAGAGGUUUGUGGAGCUGGUGAGGAGGGGUGCGGAGACGGACAAGGAGGCGGCGCUCGACUGCCUUCGCACGGCGCUCGCGCCCUGUGCGCUCGAUGCCUACCCGGAAGCUUAUGAGGAGUUCAAGCAUAUAAUGCUUGUGUUGAUAUACAACAAAGAUGAUCAAUCCUCCCCAGUUGUCAAUGAGUGGUCUGUAAAGAGAAGGUUUGAACUUGCUGGUUUGCUAUCAUCCAUACUAAGAGCUCAUUUACAUGCUUUUGAUCCUGUUCUAUCAAUGACCUUGAGAUACUUAAUAAGCAUUCACAAGGUAUUUUGCUUGCGCCAAGGAAUUUCAUCACCUAUAUCUGAUCUGACCAAGCGACUACUCUUUGAGGAUCGUGAUCCACCUGUGGUUCCUCAGGAAUGCUCUCUAGAAGCACCACCAUUUGAUGAGGUUGAUGUUCAAGCCCUAGCACAUGCUGUGGAGUUGACAAGACAAGGUGCUGUUGACAGCUUGAAGUUUUCAAAAGGAGAUUUGUAUCAAGCAUUUCAGGUUGUAUCACAGUUACAAAAUUUAAAUAUGAAACUAUUCAUCUAUAAAUAUUUUAAUUUUGUUGCCAUAUCUAUUUCAAAUUCUUGGCUGAAGGGAAAAUUUUGUUUUUAAUAGUUACAGUAAAACUUGCAACAUUUAGUUUUCAUGUAAUCUAAGCAACACAUUUAGUUUUCAGGUAACCUAAGCAAUAUUCUUGAUCUUCUUAAUGGGUUGUUACUUUUUAAGCACUGUUAUUAAUGCUAGGAUGUUCAUAUUUAUUUAGUCAACCUACAAAAUUUUGCCAACAGACGUUUCCCUUCGUACAUCGUGAAUCUCUAUUUCUCUGGACCCUUCCAGAAUUAAAGUUUUGGUGCUGAACUUGUCAUCAAUGCCACAGGAGUCAAGUGUGAAGCUGCUGACACACACUAUGACACUAACCGAUAACUAGAUGCCUGAAACUUAAAAAAAGAGGAAAUUUGGAAUGCACCACUCCAAAGUGGCCAUUUGCAAACAAAAAAUGCCAACUGCAGACUCAACAUAUUCGUAAAAGGCAUUACUUUGUUUUUGGCCACUAAGGCAAGUCCUAUUCUAAACUUUGCUACUAAAUUUUACAUGCUCCCAUUUUUGCCACUGGUCAGUAGUGCCAUGUUCGUAUUUGCCAUUUUGGUUCCCUUUGGUCAGGUUAUUAUGGUUUCAUCUGAGUCAUCACCAAACUCUCAGUAGAAAGCCCAAACCGCGCUCAUUGCUUUCACCAGCGCCUAGUACCAUCUUCCCCUCCCUCACCGUCUUUCUCUGCUCUGCCGCCUUCCACCUCUUCACCAGCCAAUGUCUCAGCAGCAACUGCAGUGUCUGACCCAGCAAUGACAGUUUCAAGAGGGCAGAGAGGCAGCGACAAUGGAAAUGCAGAAGUGUAGUCGAGAGACUUAACAGAGGGAGUUGGCAGUGCGGGCGACGUCACUAUUUGUGCACUUGUGUACCUGGUGUUUGAGAACAGCAGAUCCAUAUAGCUAGUCCUUUUGUUCCGAAACCUGCACAAAAUCGAUCCAUCUAUAAGCAAAAGAAUUAGUGUUAAAGGCCAAAUCUCUGACCUUUGUUCUGUAGUCAACAAGACUAGAUCCUUUCAAACACACAAACAACCAUCACAGCUACAUGAAAUGAGUAUCUCAUCUACAGGCAUCCCUGAGAACCUGACCUUGGUGGGUUUUUUCCUGUUUUGGGGUGGGUGGGUUUGUAGCUAGGCUCAGUUUGGUGCUCUUUGCCUGAGAAAGAAGAGAUGAGGUGGGGUCCUUCUUUCCCUAAAUGGGUGAAUGCCUUACGGAAUUUGAUGGCAGAGGCUAAACAAUGGUUGCCCUUGUCGUGUUCCCAUCUCCACCUCCUUACCUCAUGUCCAUGGAAAAUAUAGAAAAGGAAACCUGUUACACCACUGUUCACUCUGCUGCCAUACCUGUUACUCUGCUGCCAUCCUAGGCAUAUUGCCCACUGUUUUCAUUUCCCACGACCUCCUGCCAUCCUGGGCUUUCAAGUUUCAACUGGCCUGCCUAUUCUGUCCAAGUGUUCAAAGCUGGCUGGUGGAAAUGUCAUAAUGUGGAAUCAUCUGUAUGUUUGAUCAUGUAUGAGAUGCUCAAUGGAGUUCCAAGUAUUGUACCUUUCUGAGAAUUGUACCUGUGGAUGCCAUUUUGGCUGUACACUUUAUUGUUAUAUAGCACUAGUUUAGUGACAUUCUAAAAUCUACUUGUGCUUUGCUUCAAGUUGCUUCAAAGGACUUACCCGAAAAUAAUCUUCAAAUCCGCGGCUCAAAUGCAGCAGGUCUUCACCGAGCUCUCUUCCUCUCCUCUCCUCUCCCCUCCUCUCCUCCCUCUUCACAACUUUUUUCUUUUUUCUGAAUAAAAUGGAAUUUUAGGCUAAUUUUAGCCCAUUUUAUAGAAGAG